AUGAUCAUACAAGACCAACCCUCGGCAUCUCGUCGUGUCAACAAACCAUUGCCUCUCGAUGCGUCCGCGAGGGGCAAUGAUCUUGAGACGCACCGACCAUUGCGUUCUACAUCAGGUCCGAGAACGUGGACAAACGAGGACCUGAGUCCUGAUCGGAAGGUGGAACAGGUUUUUGGCCCAUGCCCAGCCGGUUUUGCGACCCUGGCCGCGUCCGUGCGGUUCAACGUGUCAGGGUCGCCCGUUGCCCCUGGCCUGCCAUUGACAGCGACGAUCGCCAAUGACCCUGGUUCGCAGGGCUUGGACGCGGCAGUGAUGUGGCAGUUCAAGCCUCAUGGCCUGGACCCUCAUGUCCUGCAGGUUCCGGUCGCCACACCAGCCACAUGGAGGUUUGGCGACUCAUCUGGCAAAACGCUCUUCAUCCGCGUUGGUGAUCCCGCCCAGCGAAUAUUUGUAACUGAAGGUAAUGAUGGACCCUGGAGCAGCUUCUAUCUCCGGGUUGGGUCACCGGAGCAGUCCCUUCGCGUGCUUGUCUCGACGGCUUCCCCAGAGUCAAUGGUUGUCUUGUCAGACUACGGGUGCUCUAGUUCAGUGUUUACCAACGCCCCAUCGGACUGUGCAGUUUCCAGGGGAACCUUGUUCAAUCCGAACCAGUCCUCUAGCUGGCAUGAAUUGGGUCUUUUCGGUAUCAACCAGAAUGGGGUUGGUCUCGAGGCCAACCUGGGAUAUUACCAAAGAGCAGACUUCGCUCUAGAUACUCUGAGUAUAGGCCUCACAGGUCCGACGCUUAAGAACCAGACUGUCGCUGGGAUUGCAACUCCUGAGCCUUUUUAUCUUACCGACAGUGGAAUAUUCGGCCUAAACCCUCAACCCGUCAAUUUUACCUCCUUAGGAAACUUCUCUUCGCCUUCGUUCGUCACGACCCUCAAAGAUGAGGGCACCAUUCCGAGUCUCAGCUGGAGCUACACGGCCGGUGCCAAGUACCGCUUAAAACAAGUCUAUGGCCAACUGAUCUUCUCUGGAUAUGAUACAUCUCGAUUCACUGCAAACUCGGUGUCAUUCACCAUGGCCGAUGACAUCACCCGUGACCUGGUUGUCUAUCUUCAGUCCAUCAGCUACAGCGGAUCAAAGACAGCCACGUUACUGUCCGACCCAAUUUUGAUAUUCAUCGACUCGACGGACCCCAACCUCUGGCUGCCCGCGAGUGUCUGUGACGCGUUCGAACAGGCCUUCGGGCUUACGCUCGACAGCGAGAGUGGUCUCUAUUUGGUGAAUGACACUCACAACACCGAACUGCUCAACUCAAAUGCGCAGGUCACCUUUCGACUGUCCGAUGUGGCUUCGGGCGGAGAUGCUGUGGCGAUCACCCUUCCGUAUGAUGCGUUCGCCCUAACUGCACAAGCUCCUCUAGUCAACAACACCAGCUACUAUUUCCCGUUGAAACGCGCAGCCAACUCGACCCAGUAUACUUUGGGUCGAGCUUUCUUGCAAGAAGCAUAUCUCUCGGUCGAUUACGAGCGAGGCGUCUUCAACGUGUCGGCGUGCGCGUGGGAUGAAAGCGCGCAGGAAGACAUCGUCACGAUUCCGUCCCCAGGUUCUACUUCCUCUGCUUGCUCGGGAAAUGCAUGCCCGUCCGGUGGUAGUAGUUCGGACAACUCUUCGCCCCUCAGUCACGGUGCCGUAGCUGGUAUCGCGAUUGCGGCACUGGUCGGAGUCGCCAUUCUCGCGGCAGUCCUCUUCUUUUUCAUCCGCCGUCAACGCCAAAAGACGGCAUACAAAGCGACCCCGCCGGAGCCAGACGCAUCUGUCCUGUCCGGCCCGGUACACAACGCCCCGCCUCCUGAUCCAUCCGACCAGUCUGGUCCGCAGGCAAGAUUUUGGUCUCCAGACGCCAUCUUGAGCAGUGUCGAUGACAGUAAUAACGGCCAGAGUAGUGGCAGUGGUGGGAACCCCGAGCAGAGCGUCGAUGAGCGCGGCUUGGAAUUAGAUGGGGACGGUACACAGAUCCAACCAGUCUAUCAUGAAUUGGCUGGCAGGGAAAUAGAGAAGACAGGGUCAGAGCCAGAGCCGGUGCUGCAGCCGACGCAUACCAUUUACGCAUAA